GUCGACGAAUAAACAUAAGAAGCGGUUUAAUGCCGAUACGAAUAGAGCUAUAGUUUUAGAGUAUAAAACUUGUUAUACUGGUUAAGCAUAUAAUAUUACUGUGUAUCAAUAAAGCGCGGUGAAAGUGCAACUGGUGCCUGGUGUCUAUAUAUUAUCUUCAUUUUUGAAAGAUCAUAAAUUGGAGGCGCAUUAUAACGUACUUUAAAUAUAUGUAUAUGUGCUGCUGUUUAAAAAUUAUAACCAUAUAACGAUGUCUUCCUCUUACUAUGACUCUUACGACGGCAGUAAAAUAUUUUCAUUCUUAUCCAAUAGAAUAGGUCUUCCAAUUGAUCUAGUUAAUUUUUUGAUAUCACAAAUAGCUGCACUAUGCCUGGCAAGACUAUUUCGGAAACCAUUGAGACUUGCUUCACCAGAAUUCCGUCAUAUGAUGUGCCUUUUUAUAGGUUUGCUUAUGGGAUAUUUCUGCUUUGGAAAGCAAUCCAUACAUUUGUCUGUUCUUCCAAUGCUAACAUAUGUAUUGCUCAAAACUGUUCCACAACAUUUAAUGGGAAACGUUGUAUUAGCUGCUUCCAUGCUGUACCUAUCGUGUAUACACCUACAUCGUCAAAUUUAUCACACCGCCGACUACUCACUUGACAUAACAGGGCCUUUGAUGGUGAUAACGCAAAGGGUGACAUCAUUGGCUUACUCAUUGCAAGAUAGCAUUAUGUGUAUGAAAGAAAUAAACUCCAACACUACGGAACGUUCGAAUAAAGAUGAAAAUAGAAUUGACAAGAUACCCUCGCCUCUCGAAUAUUUCGCAUUUACGUUAGCUUUUCAAACGCUAAUGUGCGGACCCGUCGUGUUCUAUCCUGAUUAUAUCAGCUUUAUUGAAGGCGCUCGUGUCGAUGGGGCGCAAAAAGAUAAAACAAGUGGAUCUGAACCUUCACCCCGUCGCGCUGUUAUGUACAAAGUGGCUGGUUCCGUAGCGGCUGCUCUUCUAUACUUGUCUCUGGCACAGAAAUACUCUAUAAAGGUUUUGGAAGGUUUAGUCGAUCCAACAUCGGAAGAAAGGACGUGGUCCGCGUUAUAUUUGCUAUGGUACGCGUAUCUCUCGACCCUGGUGGUCAGGUGCAAGUACUAUCACGCUUGGCUUCUUUCUGAAGCUAUUUGCAACAACUCCGGCAUGGGCUUCAACGGUUACGAUAACGACGGCACACCCAAAUGGGACAAAAUGUCGAAUAUUGACGUUUUUGCAUUCGAGUUUGCACAAAACUUCCGCACGGCGAUCGCUAGCUGGAACAAGAACACGAACGCGUGGCUGCGCAGCGUCGCGUACGAGCGCGGCGGCGCGGCGUGGCGCACGGCCCGCGUGUACGCGCUCUCCGCCGUGUGGCACGGCUUCCACCCGGGCUACUACCUCACCUUCUUCGCGGGGGGACUCUUCACUGUCGCGGCUAAGAAGGUUCGUACAUUUGCUCGCCCGUUGUUCUUGGACAGCCGCCCGAAAAAGAUCUUCUAUGACUCGCUCUCGUUUUUAACGACACGAAUUGCGAUGACAUAUGCCACCGUGCCUUUUGUAUUACUGCAUCUAUCGCCAAGCCUUGCGUUUUAUGGGCAUUUGUAUUAUUCACUACACUUUAUAGCUUUAGGCGCUCUAUUAUUGCCAUCGAAAUCCAGACAUAUCAACGCUGCACAAAACACGGACAUAUCAGCAGGUUCCUCUAAAAUUAUCAGAGAAACUAAAACAACUGAGAGCAACGGAGAGGCCAAUGGUAAAUUGAAAAUGUCCUAAAUGUGCGACCAUAAUAUUGAAGAUAAUAAAUAUCUAGAUUUUUAUAAAUUUAUGGUUAUAAUGUUUAUAUGAGCCGAAACAAUUACGGUUGAAUGUUUUCUAUCUAUGAAAAAAAGCAUUUACUAUAUGUCUAACAAAAGUAUUCCACACUCUAAAUAUAUUUAAGUACAUAAUCCUAUAGACCUCAUAAACCACAAUGAUUUUGUGUAUAUACCUAAAUUCCUUUUUGCAAAUCUAAAGACUCGAAUAAAAAAAGUUUGCUCUCUUGAUAUAUCGAAAACAAAAGUGUAUUAAAAUAAUAUAGCAUUUCUUAUCAAGCUCAAAAAAAGCCUUACUAUAUUUAUAGUCCCUCGAGUAUUUAUUAAUUAAUUCCUUUUUUAAUGGAUUUCUGCUAAAAAUAUUUCUCAGUAUUAUCAAAUACGUA